CACCCCCAUCCUAAUGUUUGCCAAUCAAAUCAUCAACUUCUAUGGUUGUAACCUAUGCUUUUGUUUUUUAUACAUGAAAAGCCCAUUUCAUGUUCAGUACUGUUCUUUUCUCUUUUUCUUCUCUCUCCUAUCAGGUUUUUUUUAUAUACACACUCGUACAUGCUUGUCCAUACUAUUAUAUAUAGAUUUACUAACCCUAAUUGUUUGGGGUAACUAAAUCUUUUUCAUCGAAAGUUAAAACUCACAACAUAUUUUUAGUAGGGUUCCACACUCAAUCCCUUUUUUAAAGAGAAGAGAUCAUACUAACCGGACUAUUGAUUAGGAGGUGGACCCAAGAUGUAAAUUUCACUAGGGAUUGUCUUUACAUGAAUUGAGCUCACUUGGGGUUAUUACACAAAACCUACUGUGUAUAUAGUAAUGGAGAAAGAAGAUAACUUCUCGACCGUCUUGCCGGGAAGCUUUCAGGGUCUUGACUAUGCCCUAGAUCAUCAUCAUCAUCAUCAUCAACAGCUCAUGAAGCCACAGAUUGGAGAAACAUCAGGCCUUAAAAAUCAUCAAAUUGUUGAUUACAUGCUCAAUGAUCCUCAGCAACAACAUAUAUCUUCUCGAUUUGGUAGCUCGAUUGUCACUCCUCUCGAUAAGUUGAGCUUUGCAGACGUGAAUCAAUUCGCGGAUUUUGGACCAAAGUUGGCCUUAAAUCAACCCAAAGUUGCAGAUGAAGAAGCUGGGAUCGAUCCGGUUUACUUCUUGAAGUUUCCGGUUUUGAAUGAUAGGUCACAGGAUGAUGAUGAUCAGUCUCUGAUGAUUGGAGAAGAUAGGUUUAAAGGAGUACUAAGUGUGGAAGAAGAAGAAGAAGAAGGUGAAAGAGAAGAUGAGGAAGCUAGGGGUACUUCAGAGAGUACCUCGGUGCAACUUCGGAAUAUUCUUGGCGAAAACCGCCUUCAAAAGAACCUUGUACAAGGAGAAGCCAAAAAUAAGAGAAAGAGGCCGAGAAGUAUGAAAACAACUGAGGAAGUGGAGAGCCAAAGGAUGACUCACAUCGCGGUUGAAAGGAAUCGAAGGAAGCAAAUGAAUGAGCAUCUUCGUGUUCUGAGGUCCCUCAUGCCAGGCUCAUACGUCCAAAGGGGUGAUCAAGCUUCCAUUAUUGGAGGAGCCAUUGAGUUUGUAAGGGAAUUGGAGCAACUCCUCCAAUGCCUCGAAUCACAAAAGCGGAGGAGACUCUACGAUGAUGCUCAAAGAUCCAUGGGAGACUCUUCUCUCGGCGGGAUUCAGCAGCCCCAACUACCAUCAUUCUUUCCUUCCAUGCCACUUGAAAAUGAUCAGUUGAAGAUUGUGGACUUGGAAACCGGACUCCAUGAGGAAACAGCAGAGACCAAGUCGUGCUUUGCCAAUGUCGAAGUGAAGCUUUUAGGGUUUGAUGCCAUGAUCAAGAUCCUUUCAAAGAGAAGGCCUGCCCAGCUCAUUAGGACCAUAGCUGCACUAGAGGAUUUGCAGCUUAAUAUCCUCCACACCAACAUAACCACAAUUGAUCAAACUGUUCUCUAUUCUUUCAAUGUCAAGGUGCCUAAUGAAGCUCGGUUCACGGCCGAAGAUAUAGCAAGCUCAGUUCAAGAGAUAUUCAGUUUUCUCCAUGCAAACAGCAGCAUAUGAUGUAAUUAAGGUCAAAGAUAACUUUUAAGUGUUAUGUUUCUUCUGCAGAUUCUACUUGGAUUUUUCAGUACCUUCUCUUUGUGGGUCUUAUAAAUUUUUUACACCUUUUGUAAAAUUUAGCAGUUAUAUAUAUAUAUAUAUUGCUGUAUUACUAAGUAUUGGUAAUUUUUUGGGGAAGUCCCAUUUGUAAUCUCUCUGUGAUAGAACUAAUAUUUGAGGGGGAAGAAGGUUUUGGAGACAAGAUCUGCAGUGGUACUUGUUGAAUUCAAUUAAUAUGAAUUUUGAAAGUAUAUGAUUUUGGAAGUCAA